GACACCAUGUGUGAUGAUGAAGAGACUACAGCCCUGGUCUGUGAUAAUGGGUCAGGGCUGGUCAAAGCUGGCUUUGCUGGAGAUGAUGCUCCUCGAGCCGUCUUCCCUUCUAUUGUCGGUCGCCCACGUCACCAGGGUGUCAUGGUGGGUAUGGGUCAGAAGGAUUCAUAUGUCGGGGAUGAGGCCCAGAGUAAGAGAGGUAUACUCACUCUGAAAUACCCCAUUGAACACGGUAUCAUCACCAACUGGGAUGACAUGGAGAAAAUCUGGCACCACACCUUCUACAACGAGCUGCGUGUGGCCCCUGAGGAGCACCCUACCCUGCUGACUGAGGCCCCCCUCAACCCCAAAGCCAACAGGGAAAAGAUGACCCAGAUCAUGUUCGAGACCUUCAACGUUCCUGCCAUGUAUGUAGCCAUCCAGGCUGUGCUGUCUCUCUACGCCUCUGGGCGUACAACAGGUAUUGUGUUGGACUCCGGCGACGGUGUGACUCACAACGUGCCCAUCUAUGAGGGCUAUGCUCUUCCUCACGCUAUUAUGAGACUGGAUCUGGCUGGGCGGGACCUGACCGAUUACCUCAUGAAGAUCCUGACAGAACGUGGAUACUCUUUCGUCACCACAGCUGAGCGUGAGAUUGUGCGGGACAUUAAGGAGAAACUGUGCUACGUGGCUCUGGACUUUGAGAAUGAAAUGGCCACUGCGGCCUCCUCUUCCUCACUGGAGAAAAGCUACGAGUUGCCUGAUGGACAAGUUAUCACAAUCGGUAACGAGAGGUUCCGCUGUCCUGAGACCCUGUUCCAGCCCUCAUUCAUCGGAAUGGAAUCUGCUGGAAUUCACGAGACAACUUACAACAGCAUUAUGAAGUGUGAUAUUGACAUUCGUAAAGACCUGUAUGCAAACAACGUGCUCUCAGGGGGUACCACCAUGUACCCAGGUAUUGCUGAUCGAAUGCAAAAGGAAAUUACUGCCCUGGCACCCAGUACUAUGAAAAUCAAGAUCAUCGCACCUCCUGAGCGUAAAUACUCUGUCUGGAUUGGUGGAUCUAUCUUGGCUUCCCUGUCUACCUUCCAGCAGAUGUGGAUUAGCAAACAGGAAUAUGAUGAAGCUGGCCCAUCCAUUGUUCACCGAAAAUGUUUCUAA